GAUGCGGACAUGGAAACAGCAUCAGAAGUCAAGCUUUAUGCCAAAAAGGGGAGUGUAGUGGAUGUUGUAAUCAUUGACAGUGUUUCCUGGUAAUGUCGUGGGUGGGGCAUAAGACUAAAACUACGGCUAUCAGACUCUCGACUGUCAACUUGGUUGACUUGGAAGUUUUCUGAGCCACUUGCUUUAAUGGCUGCCUCCGACUGGAAAAAGAAGUGCGAGACCGAAUGGAAGCUGAAGGAAAGUGGUAUCCCUACGCCUGACACCGUAGACUGGAAAUCAGUGUACGAUAAGAAGCCGCUUGGGCGCAAUUUACUGAAAAACCCUGCCCCUCAAGGUGUGAGCCAUGAAACCCCUCCUCCUCAGCACCAGGGCGGCGGGAUGUUCGGAGCUGAACCGCCUCGCUCGGAACCAGAGGGUGACUACACUGGCUGGAAGAAAAGCAUAGAAGUCCUCCCGUAUGAUACCAGUGGGAUUCCUGAAGGUGUCGUCAUCUGCCACCUGCCUCAACACAGCUGGUUGUCCCUGGAGCAGCAGGUGGACCUGAAAGAAGAGGGGAUGUGGGAUGAACUUCUGGAUCAGUACCAGCCAGAUAUUACCAUCCAGGACUGGUAUGAGGAGAGCCAGCUACACAAGUUCAUCUACCAGCUGCAGGUGAAGCUGGUGGGGGCCGAUGGACAAACUGUUAUCCAGGAGUACAGCUUUAACCCUGAGGAGGACAUCAAUUCCUUCUCACACACAUGGAAGGAGGUGUCCCAUGUUUUUUCCGGCUAUGGGCCUGGCGUACGGUAUGUUCGCUUCUUCCAUAAGGUGAAAAACAUGCAAAUGAUUGACUUCCGUUCCACGCUGGUGACAGACAGCGCCGUCAUUGUCAGCACAACCAGGUCCACACCAAAGUGAUCGCAGCCGUGGAGACCAUAAGAUGUGGAUUAAUAUCAGAUAUGAAUUUACACCAAAGAAUACAUUGCCUUCUGUACCAAAGUGUCCACUUGUCCGUACUUUUUAAACUAAUGCAUGAGAUUAACUGUAAUACUUACUACACUCCUUGAACACUGAA